AUGUGGCCUUCGCCAUUCCAACAGCAGCAGCAAAGCCACGAUGAAGAGAAUAUGAUCUGGCCUGGACAGUUUCGUAACACUCAGAGGUGGACUAGUAAUUUCGACGCGGAGGCAUUGGCAUCUCGAAUGAGUGUCUACGUCGGCGACGGUCUGCUCCCGCAGAGCCAACGCUUUCCCGACAAGUGGACAGGGCCAUCAUAUCACCGCAAGUCGAGACACGGAGACCGGGCCACGUGGAUGCACAGCGUCCUGAAGGACUACGAGGAGGAUUCCGUGCCGAUAUGGGAGGGGAACUUUGACGUGGAGAAGAGAGAUUCAUUUGCCAGUCGCCCGUCGGGUCUCAGUGGGAGGAGUUGGUACCACGAGGCUAUCGACCCGGAAAAGUUCGACUACCGGAAGCCCAGAGAGCCCCUGACCGAGGAGCAACUCAGCCAGGCCGACCGAGAUGGUGGGCUCGUGACAAAGGAGGUGCUCAUGUAUGACUUCCCCGGCGAGGGCACACUCGAUGACCCUUAUAUGGUGUCGUGGAUAGAAAACGACCCCGCCAACCCGUUGAACUUUGCCAAGAGCAAGAAGUGGCUCAACGCUAUGAUCCUGGCUAUCGCCGUGUGGACCGUGUCGGUUGCCUCGUCCGGCUUUUCCCAAGGUACCAGGGAUAUCAAGACCGACUUCAAUGUCGAUGCUACCGUCGCCCUCCUUCUAACAUCCGCCUUUGUUCUGGGCUUUGCCAUCGGCGCGCUCGCCCUUUCCCCAAUGAGCGAGGUCUACGGCCGACGUGAGCUCUACAUCUGGACAUACGCAGCCUUUGUUGUUCUCUCGGGCGUCAUUGGGCUCCUCAACUCUGCCCCAUUGCUCAUCCUCGCCAGGUUCCUUGGUGGUAUUGCUGGGUCUUUCACCCAGGCUGUUGCCCCUGCAGUCAUUGCCGACAUGUUCAGGGCGGACGAGCGUGGAUUUGUUCUUGCACUCUUCACACUGGCCGGCCUCAUGGGUCAGAUGCUUGGUCCUAUAUUCUGUGGUUUCCUCGACGCCGCUUUCGGCUGGCGCUCCUUGGCAGUCUUCAUUGCUGGGCUCGCCGCUCCCACUUGGUUCGCUAUGACUUUCACAUUCCCGGAAACUUAUGCACCCACCCUACUUCGCCGCCGCGCCGCAAAGAUGGAGGCUAUCCUCGGCAAACCACACCUGGUUGACGGCGUUGGUGAGGAGAAGACGCUCUUAAGUCAGCUCAAGGUCGGUGCGCUCAGACCGUGGCUUCUUCUGGCGUUCGAGCCUAUCGUCGCACUGCUGAGCGUGUUUCUAUCCGUGGUCCAGGGUACCAUGUUCCUCCUGUUUGCUGCCUACCCGAUCGUCUUCCAGCAGGUUCGCGGAUGGCGACAGGGUGUUGCUUCUCUGCCAUUCCUAGCUGUCGCAUUGGGCAUUGUCAUCUCGCUGUUCUACGCGGCCCUAUUCGACCAGCAGCGUUACGCCAAGGUCCUCGCCAAGAACGGCGGCAGGGCUCCCCCAGAGGCCCGUCUCCCACCCGCGAUGCUGGGCUCCGUCGCACUGCCCAUUGGGCUAUUCUGGUUUGCCUGGACCAACGACCCGUCCACUUUCUGGCUCAUCUCUGUCAGUGCAGGUGUCUUCACGGGCUUUGGGAUGGUGCUGCUGUACAUGUCUUUGACGAAUUACAUUGUUGAUACGUACCUGGGAUAUGCAGCCAGCGCGCUGGCAGCAUCGACGGUAUGCAGAUCUGUGGCGGCCGCCGUCUUCCCUUUGUUCACCAACACCAUGUACAACUCACUGGGCAUUCACUGGGCGUCGUCAGUCCCAGGUUUUCUCUCUGUCAUUUUUGUCCCUUGUCUUUUAGCGUUCUACAAAUGGGGGCAUAUUAUCCGUAGCAAGACCAGAUUCGCCCAAGAGGCAGCUAGGAUAGCUGAGGCAAUGUCUGGGGGUAAAUGA